UAUUCUGGAACCCUGUCCCAUGGAUGGAGAUUUAUCCCGGUAACGGAGAUGUGAUUCUAUCUUCUGAUGAGAGGGGAUGUUACUUCCGUCUCCUCAAAGUUUGUCCCGGUGAUGGCGCCCUCAAGGAGCUGAUGAUUUCCGUAUCCAAUCCUAUUCCUGAUCCUCCACAGUCAUCCUAUAGUAUUGCAGAUCUUGUGCAAAGGGCUUCAAGGCUUAUACACUGUAUGUCAGUCCACCUGAGAACGGCUGGGGAUACAGGAUCAGGAGAUAUCUGCUGCUGGAAGAAACUUGAGCGAGAUGAUGCUUUAAACAGAACGCCAUGUGUCCUUCUUGAAAGGAGCGUCAUCCCUUCUUUGGGUCAGCUGGAAGCGUAUGAAGGCGGUCUAAUCCGAGGCUUCUUCAAUGAUGGGGUUACCAUAGAAACAAAGCACAUUAGUCCAGUUCAGUUCAUUGCAGCAGGAGUGGACAUGGAGUGCGGCAAGGAUGAAGAAUCUGUUUUCACUAUUAUGAUGGCUGAUGGUCUUCAUAAGAAAGUUACUUCACUAAACCCGGGAACAUAUGUCAGGUAUGUCCUCUCACAAUCCCUUUUAUAUGACAUAUCUCAUUAUGUUUAAUAUGGAAUACUCCAAUGGAGUGGAAGAUGUGUAUUCGUUGUGUGAGGGUAUGACUAAUUGAAUAUGAUGACCAGAGUAAUAAUAAAUCUGCAAGUGCUUUGAUAUGUACAAUGUAUGUCUUAAGCUCAUUAUUAAAAGAAUAAAAACCAGAUUAUUAUUAUUAUUAUAUUCUAGCUAUGAUCAUUUCUAACAAAUUUCAGGAUAUGAAAUUACUAGACAGUGUCCAAUGUAAGCAUGUCACAUACAUCAGUAUUUUUGAGAGGAACAGCUCCCUCUUGUGAAAAUUAUUAAACAUUCAUUUCUAGUUGUUAAGGGUAGUAAGAACAUGUUAAAGUCUCCAAAUGUCAAACUCUUUCAACAAAUCACCAAGAAAAAUAAAAUAAUGAAAAACUAUACAGAAUCUGUUUGGCGCUUUCAAGCAGUAUUUUCUUCAUUUAGACUCUACAGGUGAACAGAGCAUGCCAAAUCAGGGUGAGGAUGGGAUAUUUGAGGAGUUGGGCAUUGGGGCUAUUAUUGCUUUUGGGGGUAGUUUGACUUCAGAGCCUAAUUAGAUAAAUAGAAAAAGCAGAUGCUGGCUCCAAGUUGACAGUAUUAGUUAAAGCUGUGUGAUAUGGAUUUAGAGCUUUCUCUAGGUAAAGAGUUUUGCCAUUUGUAGAACAUAAAUUAAAUGAAAAUCCUAUGCAGAUGUAAGUGUAACACCUUCAUGGCUAAACCCACUUGGUCUUCUAUCAUUUGGCCCAAUUGCCAUUUGGUCUAAUACUCAGACAAAUUGGUAUUUAGACUGAUGCCCAUCAUAUGGUCAAAUUCUCCUUUGUCUACCUUUUUUUAUUUUGUCAAAUGAAAAUUGGGUCAUGGGCAGUUCAUCUAAUCAUAUACAUGUAGACUAAUGGUGUAAGACCAAGAGAAUAUUAAGCCAAAUGUGUAAAGUCCAAUUGGACGUGAGACAAAAUGGCCAAUUUCUUUAAAUAAAAUCCAUAUCUCACUCGAUCAAGGUCCCCCCAUUAUUAUUUCAGGCACUAUACUCAAAUCAUAUCUUCACUCUGUAAUUCUAUCAUGUCCUUUUUUCUCAGUUAUUGUACCGUAGAGUCCGUAGUUUUCUUUCAGUAAUUAGCAACUUAUAUGAAGUUAUUUCUUUUAUAUUUUUUAUUAGCAAAUUUUACAAUAUCAUUGUUUUAGUUGACCCUUUUUCACCAUUUAUGUUUGUAUAAUGUAUGUGAUAGGCCUAUGAGUGUUGUACUUGAUAGACAUGAGAGCUUCUCAGGAAGCUAACAUUAAUAAUAUAAAAAAAUUAUACAACAAUCUCCAUGAUACACUGCCACUUUGCGAUUGAUUACAAAUUCCUUUCCUGACCAAGGUAAAGAGGGUAUAAUAAACA